GCGGGCGGGCCCGUGUGGCGGCGGCGCGGCCCGGGCCGCCCGCACUUAUUGCGGGCCGGCGGCGGCGGCGAUGUCCCGGCGGUAGCGCGGAGCGGGACCCGCGGGCAGCGCACCACCGCCAUGGGGCGGUACUCGGGGAAGACGUGCCGCCUCAUCUUCAUGCUGGUGCUCACUGUCGGCUUCUUCGUGGCCGAGCUGGUGUCCGGCUACCUGGGCAACUCCAUCGCGCUGGUGUCCGACUCCUUCAACAUGCUCUCGGACCUCAUUUCCCUCUGCGUGGGGCUCUCCACGGGGCGCAUCGCCCGCCGCAGCCGCCGCGGGCCCCGCGCCACCUACGGCUACAGCCGCGCCGAGGCGGUGGGAGCCCUCAGCAACGCCGUCUUCCUCACCGCCCUCUGCUUCACCAUCCUCGUGGACUCCGUCCUGCGCCUCGCCCGGCCCGAGCCCAUCGACGACGCCCAGCUGGUGCUUAUCGUCGGCACCCUCGGCCUCGCCGUCAACGUCGUGGGGCUCCUCGUCUUUCAGGACUGGGGCGCCUGCUGCCGCCGCCGCCCGCCCGCCCCGCCGCCCGCCGCCGCUGAGCUCCGGGAUGUGCCCGGGGGCACGCCGGAGGGGGAGGCGGCUGAAGCAGGUGAUUCACCAAAUGACCAAAAAAGCCCUGAAGAGGGGUCUGAGAAGAAAAAAGAGAAAAAGUCUGAAGCCUUGAACAUCAGAGGUGUUCUUUUGCAUGUUAUGGGAGAUGCACUUGGAUCUGUGGUCGUGGUAGUUACUGCUACUAUCUUCUAUGUACGUCCUCUGGGGGAUGCUGCGUGUAAUUGGCAGUGCUACAUUGAUCCAAGCUUGACAAUAGUUAUGGUGAUCAUCAUCUUGUCUUCUGCAUUCCCACUUAUCAAGGAGACCUCAACUAUUUUGUUGCAGAUGGUCCCCAAAGGUGUUAAUAUACAAGUGCUGACUGACAGACUAGCUCGUGUACCGGGAGUUAGCAGCCUUCAUGAGGUACAUGUUUGGGAGCUUGCAAGUGGGAAGAACAUUGCCACUCUUCAUGUCAAGUGCCAAACCCCUGCCAAUUACCAAGACGCUGCUUACAAAAUACGGGAGAUUUUCCAUGAAGCAGGGGUCCAUUCUGUGACCAUCCAGCCAGAGUAUGUUGACCACAAGACCUCCCAGCUACUGUGCAGCUCGCCCUGCAUCUCAAAAGCUUGUGACCCUCAGCUGUGCUGCAGUCAGAGGGAGCCCCCCCGGGCUAAAACUAAUGGCUACAGAGAGAAAAACAACAGUUACAUUUCUGCAGGGCACAAAGACAAUGGUUCAAGUAAAAGUGACAUUGAAAUCCCAAUCGAAGACCCGGCAGCAGAGGACAGCCUGAAAAAUUGUGACAUUUCUGAUGACAAAUCACAGGCGAGCAGUACACGGUUUUAGGCAGCUCCCUCUAGUCUGCAUCUUGUUUUCACAGAACAAACGUAUCAUGCCUGUGAAUGGGGUCAUUGGUGGUUGUAGCUGAAGUUGGUGUGGCAAAAAGAUUUCUGUGCUUUAGCUGUAAACCAAAAUACACCUAAAAGCCCCUUGUAUGUGAAAUAAGGAUUAAGAUUUCCACCAAGGCUGUUGCAUUCAUCUAAGAUUUUUCUGAUGCAGCCUUACCCAGUUUGUCACCAAAUAAGGGUGAAUUCCUGUUCUUAGAGUGGAUGGGGUGUAUUGCUCGCUGUCUGCACUGAUGUUUGCAGUUCAUGGCCAGUGGCACUGGGAAUGAAACUCUGGCCUUUCCUGCUGAAGUGAGCUGUUUCGUGAAAGCCCUGAGGCCAGUUAAUGAUUGUAUUGGGCUGAAGUACUGUAUAUUUAUGAAGGACUUCAGUAAAGAUGCUUUGCUGGUCCUUAAACCCCAUUUUUUCAUGUUUUACAGUAACACUUGUGCUCCUGGCCAGUGGGGUUUGUGAAUGAAAUUAAGUGUGUCUAAGGGGAAGCACUCAGGAAUUUUGACUUGCAUUGUUUUCUUGAUUGACUCCUGUAUUUAGGGACAGAGCAGAAGCUGGUCUUGCUUCUCUAAUAGUAAUACUGGAGUCCCAGCCUAAUUACAGAUGAGUGUGCUUAGGAAUAGACUGCUUAUCAUGAAAGCAAAUAAAUACCUACUGAUGUUGUCUGCACUGAUUCUAGCAAAUGGAAAUGUAGGCAGUCAUCCAAUUAACUUUUAUCUUGUUCACCAUUAUGAUUGUACAACUCAGUCUUUUUAAAUAUUUUUUUCCUUCUGACAACAGAAGUUCUAAGAACCAUGGUCUUACUUUAUCACUGUGUGGGAUGAUUGCAUUAUCUUUAACACUGAGUGUCUGUUGUUAUUCAUGCUGAAUAAAUAAGCUAAUGUGUUUAUUA